GUGAGGCCAACAAUAACAUCCAAGUCUGUCUGACUGAGUUGGAUUGAAGAAACAACACUCAUUCAUUCUCAUUCAUACAUCCAUCAACACACACUAUAACAAUAACUAAAAAGAACUGCUCUCUCUCUCUCUCUCUCUCUCUACAUAUCCUUUCUUCAUCAUCUCUUGUUUUCUCACUUGAGUUUGAGUUGAGUUGAGCCUCACCAGGAGAAAACCAAACCUUAUUCCACACAGCAAUUAAAGCAACCAAGCAAGAAGCAGAAAACCUACCUACCAUCUAUGGCUGCAGGUGAGGCGGCGAAGAUGAGUUUGACAGUGGCGGAUGCUGUGGAUUACAAAGGCUUUCCAGCCGAUAGGACCAAGACUGGCGGUUGGGUGCCUGCCGCCCUCAUUUUAGGGAUCGAAAUCUGCGAAAGGCUUUCGACCAUGGGCAUUGCCGUGAACCUGGUGACCUACUUGGGCGGGGUGAUGCAUCUCCCCAGCUCCACCUCCGCCAACAUCGUCACCGACUUCAUGGGCACCUGCUUCCUCCUCUGCCUCCUCGGCGGCUUCCUCGCCGACUCCUUCCUCGGCCGAUACAGGACCAUCGCCAUCUUCGCCAUCAUCCAGACCAUGGGAACUGGCAUGCUAGCCGUGACCACUAAGCUCCCCCAGCUCCGGCCGCCGCCGUGCCACCGCCGGCACGACGCGGAUUGCAAGGAAGCCAGCGGGUUCCAGAUGGGGAUUCUGUACGUUGCUCUGUAUCUCAUUGCUUUGGGCACGGGAGGCCUCAAGUCGAGCGUGUCCGGGUUCGGGACCGAUCAGUUCGACGACAAGGACGAGAAGGAGAAAUCGCAGAUGGCCUAUUUCUUCCACAGAUUCUUCUUCUUCAUCAGCAUGGGCACUUUGGCGGCGGUCACCGUCCUCGUCUACAUUCAGGACGAAAUUGGAAGGAGCGUCGGCUAUGGCAUCUGCUCCAUCGCUAUGUUCCUCGCCAUAAUCAUCUUCUUCUCCGGCACCCCACGCUACCGCUACAAGAAAAGCUCCGGCAGCCCCAUCGUCCAGAUCUUUCAGGUCAUUGCCGCCGCCGUCAGGAAACGAAACCUCACCCUUCCCUACGACGUCGAUAUGCUCUACGAGGACGCUCCUGAGCCCUCCAGAAUUCAUCACACCGAUCAAUUCCAGUUCCUGGACAAGGCGGCCAUUGUUGCAGAAGGCGAUUUACACAGUAUGAACAUGGCGGGAUCGGGGCCGAAUCCAUGGAAGCUUUGCUCGGUAACGAAGGUGGAGGAAGUGAAGAUGAUGGCGAGACUGCUCCCGAUAUGGGCGACCACAAUCAUAUUCUGGACAACCUACGCACAGAUGAUCACCUUCUCCGUGGAGCAAGCCUCCACCAUGAAUAGAUCCAUGGGGAGCUUCCAAAUCCCCGCCGGCUCCCUCACCGUCUUCUUCGUCGGAGCGAUUCUGAUCACCUUGGCCGUCUACGACAGACUCAUCAUGCCUCUCUGGAACAAAUGGAAAGGAAAACAAGGUUUCUCGAGCUUGCAAAGAAUAGCGAUCGGGCUAAUUCUGUCGACGAUCGGAAUGGCGGCGGCGGCCGCCGCGGAGAUGAAGAGGCUCUCCGUGGCGAGAUCGGCGACGAACGCGUCAUCAUCGUCUCUUCCGAUCAGCGUUUUCCUUCUGAUCCCGCAGUUCUUCCUGGUCGGUUCCGGCGAGGCGUUCAUCUACACCGGGCAGCUUGAUUUCUUCAUCACGCAGUCGCCGAAAGGGAUGAAGACGAUGAGCACCGGCCUCUUCCUGACGACGCUGUCCCUAGGGUUCUUCGUCAGCAGUUUUCUGGUGUCGGUGGUUAAGAAGGUGACUUCCGGCGGCGGCGGCGAGGGGUGGCUUGCCGACAACAUCAACCACGGCCGGCUCGACUUGUUCUACUGGCUGCUGGCGGUGCUGGGGCUCGUUAACCUGGUGAUUUACCUCAUCUGCGCCGCCUGGUACAAGCCGCAGAAGGCGAAGCCCGCCGCCGUGCAGAUGAAGGCCGGCGGCGGCGAGGAUAAGUGCUGAUCGGAGAAUUGUACGGAAGCAUGCAUGUGAUGUAUCCCUAAGGAAUUUUAAAUUUACUUCACACUAUGCAUUAAACUUUGAUCACUCUUGCAUCUUUUUGUUUUUAUUUUAUUUUUUUUAUGUGAACUGUAAAUUUGUUUUCUUUUUGUUUAAAAAAUUGUCUUAAAUAUAUAAUUAUAAGUAUAAAAUACUAAAAUGAUUUCCAAACUGA